AUGGCCGAGUUCAUACGCGCCCAGAUCUUCGGCACCACAUUCGAGAUCACCUCCAGGUACGCCGACAACGACCUGCCUCCUCCGCCUGUCUGCGAAAUUGACAAAUUGACAGGUACUCGGAUCUCCAGCCUGUGGGCAUGGGAGCCUUCGGCUUGGUGUGGUAAGCUGCCACCCUCAAAACCACUCGCUUCCCCGCCAUCGUCGACCGAAGAGACUGACAAGCCGCUUUCGCGACCUUCUAGUUCUGCGAGGGACCAACUCACCAAUCAGAAUGUGGCUGUAAAGAAGAUUAUGAAGCCUUUUAGCACUCCAGUCUUGGCCAAGAGAACAUACCGAGAACUGAAGCUGCUGAAGCAUCUCAGGCACGAGAAUGUCAUCUCUCUCAGCGACAUCUUCAUCUCCCCUCUCGAGGAUAUUUACUUCGUCACCGAGCUGCUUGGAACCGAUCUACACCGACUCCUUACCUCAAGACCCCUGGAGAAGCAGUUCAUCCAGUAUUUCCUCUACCAGAUCAUGCGGGGCCUGAAAUACGUCCACUCUGCCGGUGUUGUCCAUCGCGACUUGAAGCCCAGCAACAUCCUGGUCAACGAGAACUGUGAUCUGAAGAUUUGCGACUUUGGUCUUGCCCGAAUUCAAGACCCUCAGAUGACUGGAUAUGUCUCGACGAGAUACUACCGAGCCCCGGAGAUCAUGCUCACCUGGCAAAAGUACGACAUUGAGGUCGAUAUCUGGAGUGCGGGAUGCAUCUUCGCCGAGAUGUUGGAGGGCAAGCCUCUGUUCCCCGGAAAGGACCACGUCAACCAGUUCUCUAUCAUCACCGAGCUUCUGGGCACGCCUCCUGACGACGUUAUCAACACAAUUGCCAGCGAGAACACCCUGAGAUUCGUCAAGUCUCUACCCAAACGGGAACGCCAACCCCUGACGAAGAAGUUCAAGAACGCCGAUCCGCAAGCCAUUGAUCUUCUCGAGAGGAUGCUUGUAUUUGACCCUAAGAAGCGAAUAACAGCCGGCGAUGCUCUGGCACACGAAUACCUCGCGCCAUACCAUGACCCCACCGAUGAGCCGGUGGCCGAGGAGAAGUUCGACUGGAGUUUCAACGACGCCGAAUUGCCCGUCGACACGUGGAAGAUCAUGAUGUACUCGGAGAUUCUUGAGUAUCAUAACGUGGAGAGCAACCUUCCACAACAAGUGGAAGGCCAGCUCAAUGGCCAUUAG